GUUAAGACCAAUUCACUUAUUUGUGAUAGGUGUGCUAGAAAAAGUGUCCUGAAAAUGUGAAUGAACAUCACUGAUUAAGUUCUCCACUGCCUCCCGACACAAAUUGUGGUAAGACAGUCCAUGUACCCAUAAUGCAAAGCAAAGCUAAGUAGCGCCUAGCCGAGCAAGUGAAGAGAGUAGAAAACAACAACAGCGUGAUCCAACCUCAACAACUGGUAGGCUAACUAGGCCAGCUACAUGGACUACGGUAGCGAUUUAAAGUUCAACGAACAGACUAUUCUUAUCUGCUUAAAUUGCUUUCUUGCUGGAUAAUGUGAGUAGUUAUACGGGUGUAAUCGCAUGUGACUUAGUACUCACACCAUUUCAUUGAGUAGAUUAGAACAAUCUUUGUGAUACUGCUCUCGGGCUAGCUUGUUAUCGAGGUCUCUAUGUUUGAGAAUCUUCCGGCGGCAGCGGAGGCAGCAGCAGCGGUGCCAUGAAUAGUGGACUCCCAGCCUCGGCUGCUCCGCUUGGGAGUGUUGGAAUUCCUAAUGUCAAGGUGAAGUUCUGUCGAUAUUACGCGAAGGACAAAACUUGCUUCUAUGGAGACGAAUGCCAGUUUUUGCACGAGGAUCCGUCCAUGGCGAGUUUGUCUAUGCACGGUGGCGGUGGAAGCCCAGUCCCUUUAUCCAUGGCAGGGGGAGCCGUGACUGCAGCAGCGGGAUAUGCUCUUGGUGGAAAUACGGCAGCUUGCCAGGGUGGUGGGGCACCCAGUUACCCAAAAAAGAGCGAGUCCCUUGGGCCUGCUGGAACAGCUCUUGAAGGACAGCUGUUAACUAUACCAGGGAUGGAGGGUGCUCCCUUGAGUGAUGCCAAUCUGACCAACUCUUACUUCAGCAGCAGCUUUAUUGGCGUAAAUGGCUUUGGAAGUCCUGCAGAACCCAAAUAUUCUAUGAUGCAGAGGAUGACCACCAGCAGUAGCUCUCCCAGCCUCCUGAACGAUGGUGCCAAGACCUUCAGCCACGGCGCUCAUGAUCCAGUCAACUCACCCACCUCCUCCCUUUUCAGUGACUUUGGUGCUCUAAGCAUAUCACAGAGGAGGAAGGCUCCCAACCCAGCAGCAAGUGAGUUCAUCCCAAAGGGAGCCCCGCGCAUGGCCUCCAUGUCCCAGCCGGCUGUCCAGGCCUUCCCUCCUCCUCUCUUCCCUCACCCAGUCAUGAGCACUUCCACUGCGGCUGCACUGGCACCCGGAAUGUCACUUUCUGCUGGGUCAUCUCCGCUCCACUCUCCUAAAAUCACACCCCACACCUCCCCUGCCCCUCGCCGGCGCAGUCAUACCCCCAAUCCCAACCCUGCCAACUACAUGGUGCCCACCAGUGCAGCUGACCAAGGGGGUGCCCCCAUCAUCCAGAAGGAGACCGUAGGUGGGACCACCUACUUCUACACUGACAACACCCCCGCUCCCAUGGCGGGGAUGGUGUUCCCCACCUACCACAUCUACCCGCCAACUGCUCCCCAUGUGGCCUACAUGCAGCCCAAAGCCAAUGCCCCGUCCUUCUUCAUGGCCGACGAGCUUCGACAGGAGUUGAUCAACAGGCAUCUAAUAACCAUGGCACAGAUUGACCAUUCAGAGAACCCUGAUGUCCCCUCGGAGGUGGACAGCUACCACAGCCUCUUCCCCCUGGAGCCCCUCCCCCCUCCCAACCGCCUGCAGAAGACCAGCAACUUCAGUUACAUCACUUCCUGUUACAAGGCUGUCAACAGCAAGGAUGACCUGCCCUACUGUCUGAGGAGGAUACACGGAUUCCGGCUGGUGAACACAAAGUGUAUGAUGCUGGUGGACAUGUGGAAGAAGAUCCAGCACUCGAACGCGGUCACUCUGCGGGAAGUGUUCACCACCAAGGCUUUUGGAGACCACUCACUGGUGUUCUCCUAUGACUUCCACGCGGGGGCAGAGACCAUGUUUAGCAGGCACUUCAAUGACCCAACGGCAGACUCUUUCUUCACCAAAAGGAAGUGGGGGCAGCACGAGCCGCCCCCUCCGCGGCAGCACGCUGGCCUGCUCCCCGAGUCUCUGAUCUGGGCCUACAUCGUGCAGCUGAGCUCCGCCCUGCGCACCAUCCACACUGCUGGCCUGGCCUGCCGCGUCAUGGACCCCAGCAAGAUCCUCAUCACUGGCAAGACUCGGUUACGGGUGAAUUGUGUGGGUGUCUUUGAUGUCUUAACAUUCGACAACAGCCAGACCAACCACCUGGCCCUCAUGCCUCAAUACCAGCAAGCAGAUCUCAUCUCCCUGGGGAAAGUGGUUCUGGCGCUGGCUUGUAACUCGCUGGCCGGAAUCCAGAGGGAAAACCUGCAGAAGGCCAUGGAGCUGGUGUCCAUCAACUACUCGUCCGACCUCAAGAACCUCAUCCUGUACCUGCUGACGGACCAGAGUCGCCUGCGCAGCGUCAAUGACAUCAUGCCCAUGAUCGGGGCCAGAUUCUACACCCAGCUGGACGCCUCACAAAUGAGGAACGAUGUCAUUGAAGAAGACCUGGCCAAGGAGGUGCAGAAUGGACGUCUGUUCCGCCUGCUGGCCAAACUGGGAACCAUCAAUGAGCGGCCUGAGUUCCAGAAGGACCCAACAUGGUCGGAAACGGGUGACCGCUACCUGCUCAAGCUCUUCCGAGACCAUCUCUUCCACCAGGUCACUGAGGCGGGGACACCCUGGAUCGACCUGAGCCACAUAGUGGCCUGUCUCAACAAGCUGGACGCGGGCGUUCCAGAGAAGAUCAGUCUGGUGUCUCGGGACGAGAAGAGUGUGUUGGUGGUGACCUACUCCGACCUGAAGCGCUGCUUCGAGAGCACCUUCCAGGAGCUGCUGGCUGCUGCCAACGGCUCGCUGUAGCGCCCCCAAUAGCAGCGGAGUGGGACUGCCUGAACAGGAGCACAUUGCACUACAGCGCGGGAACCAGACCAGGAGCUGAAGAUGAUCUCACAAGUCACGAGGAACUAGGCUGCCGAACUCAGUCAGAUACACUGUUCUGUUCGGAAGGAGUUUCUUUUCUUUUUCUUUUUCUCUCGUCUUUUUUUUGUUUUGUUUUUUUCCUAAAAGCUUAUUUUUUUAGUUUUCAUAACCUCGCAGCUACAAAUGACAAAAAAAAAAAAUAAUUAUGGACAAAUUGAAGCUGUGAUGAAUUUUUUUUAGACUUGGGGGAACAACAGAAAUGACGACAUGAAAAAUGACUUUCCUGCUUUUACUUUCAGAAGAUCUUUUGUUGGUUUUAUUUUCUUCUGUGGAGGAUGCACUAAAAUUUUAAGUUUUAUGAA